CUCCGGGUGCCGGUGGAGCGUGUGACGUCAGACUAGUUCUUCCGGAAACGGCGGCGACGGCAGAAAGUACCGAGGGGCUAUCGUUGGUGGGCGCGCCUGAGAACCGAGUGAGAGGAGCGUAACCCGGAAGCGGAAGCGGAUUCCCGUCCCAGCUCCGGCUUCACGCUUGUCACAGGCCCACUGGUGGGCUCCUGCUACCAUGGAUUUGUUGUUUGGGCGCCGGAAGACACCAGAGGAGCUGCUGAGGCAGAACCAGCGAGCCCUGAACCGUGCCAUGCGAGAGUUGGACCGUGAGCGACAGAAGCUAGAGACCCAGGAGAAGAAAAUCAUCGCAGACAUCAAGAAGAUGGCCAAGCAAGGGCAGAUGGAUGCUGUGCGUAUAAUGGCAAAAGACCUGGUGCGCACUCGGCGUUAUGUGCGCAAAUUUGUGUUGAUGCGGGCCAACAUCCAGGCGGUGUCCCUGAAGAUCCAGACACUGAAGUCUAACAACUCAAUGGCGCAAGCUAUGAAGGGGGUCACCAAAGCCAUGGGCACCAUGAACAGACAGCUGAAGUUGCCUCAGAUCCAGAAGAUCAUGAUGGAAUUUGAGCGACAGGCUGAGAUCAUGGACAUGAAGGAGGAGAUGAUGAAUGAUGCCAUUGAUGAUGCCAUGGGUGAUGAGGAAGAUGAAGAAGAAAGUGAUGCCGUUGUGUCCCAGGUCCUGGAUGAGCUGGGAUUGAGCCUGACAGACGAGCUGUCGAACCUCCCCUCUACCGGAGGCUCACUCAGUGUGGCUGCCGGUGGGAAGAAAGCAGAAGCUGCAGCCUCGGCCCUAGUAGAUGCCGACGCAGACCUGGAGGAGCGGCUCAAGAAUCUGCGGAGGGACUGAUCACCCUAUACCACCUCAGGUGGGAGGCGGGCAGUGGAGACCCAGCAGUUUCACUGUACUUCUGUAAUAAAAGAUUGGACGCUA